AUGGCACGCAGCAGGACCCCCCUCCGCAUCCUCUGCUUCGGCGACUCGCUCACCUCGGGCUACCACAACUACGGCCUCGGCGAGCACCCCUACUCGGACGCCCUGCUCGACCGCCUCGCCGCCGUCCUGCCCGACGACAGCUACGACCUCGAGGCCUUGGCCGAUGGCGAGCCCGGCGACGUCGCCUCCCGCCCCGCCUUCCAGCGCCGUUUGCGCGAGCAGCUCGAGGAGCGCUCGUUCGACUGGGUCAUCGUGCUCGGCGGAACAAACGACCUGGCCUACUCGAUCUCGCCCCAUGCCAUCUUCAACGCCCUCAAGACCUGCUGGGACUUGGCCCUCGCCAACGGCUCCAAGGUCCUGGCCCUGACUGUCCCCGAGUGCGCCGCCAAGUCGGCGUCGCUCGACGCUACCAGGCGCGGCCUCAACGCCAGUAUCUUGAACUACAAGCAGACAAAUUUCUACGCCCUUGACCUCUUCGCCAAGAUACCCUACCAUUCGCUCCUGGAGCAGGACCGCGACGCCUUCUGGGACGACGGCCUGCAUCUCACGGCCGACGGCUACGACUGGAUGGGCCGUCACAUUGCCGACGGGCUUUUGGCCAUCCUCAAGCAGCACGAUCAGCCCGAGGCGGCCAAGCCAGCAACCCGCAAGCGCCGCACCAAGAGCGACGGCGACGGCCAGGCAUUCGACGAGGAGACGGGCAGCCCCGACGUCAUUAGCCAAGGCUACGUUGUGGUCAGGAGACGCGACUUGGACUGA